CACCGCCGGGGGCGCCAUACAUUUUCGACAAUGCAUUUCAGCGCCUCUGACAGAGUCACGUGGUCCGGGUUUCUCCACCAAGUACUUCCUGUCACGUAAUGGAGUCAAGUUAGCUGACUUUCUGAAGAGACACUAGUGACCCUUGUCUUGCUUUGCUACCGAGAACAGAACGUAAAUAUUUAAGAGCCCAAAGACUGAAAAGAUGCCCGUGGCUGUGGGACCGUACGGACAGACGCAGCCCAACUGCUUUGACAGGGUCAAGAUGGGCUUCAUGAUGGGCUUCGCCGUGGGCAUGGCGGCUGGGGCCAUGUUCGGAACCUUUUCCUGUCUCAGGGUCGGGAUGAGAGGCAGAGAGCUCAUGGGAGGAGUGGGAAAGACCAUGAUGCAGAGUGGAGGCACGUUUGGCACCUUCAUGGCCAUUGGAAUGGGCAUCCGCUGCUGAAGUUUUUUUUUUUUUUUUUUUUUGCACUUUCACCUAAGACUGUCUGAGCAUCAUAAAUCCUUUCCCAUUACACAAUGUAAAUGAUGUGGAACUACUUGUAAUAAACAAUGCGAUUUAUGUAAGGAGAAUACUGUCAAGCAAUACUUUUGGCCCUAGGCAACAACUCCAGGUAAAGCACUACAACAAAGUGUUGUUAUGCUUCCAAGAGUUUAAAUGUGACUAUACAGUGUAUUUUGAAGCCUCAUUUGACAUUCAGAGGAAAAACUGUAGUCUUCCUUUGAAUGCUGUCCACAUUUGGCUGCAGAAUUUAAUUCUGACUGCACAUCAAAUAAAGUGGCUGAGAAAGACUAA